GUUUCGAAAAACAAUGACAUGAAUCCAACCAAUUUGGUUCCUUCCAACUGAAUCAUCAAUAUUCCAAAAUCUUGAACAACAAUGAGUUCUAACAACCUCUUAGCACUACACACUCCACCACCACUCUCCACCCCCAAAAGAAGCACAACCCCAUUAUACCAAAGAAUCUACAUCCCAACCCAUAUCUACCGCCACCCAUCAUCCAUCCUCCUAGAACUCACUACUUCCAUUUCAGAGCUUCAUCAAAUCCUCCCUCACAUCAUCAAAAACGGUUUCUACAAUCAACACCUCUUUCAAACCAAACUCAUUAGCUUGUUCUGCAAAUUUGGUACCAUCAAUGAAGCAUUACGUGUUUUUGACUCAGUUGAAACCAAACUUGAUGUUCUUUAUCAUACCCUCCUUAAAGGGUAUGUAAAAAACUCAUCUUUAAGUGAGUCUCUAUCCUUUUUCAAAAGAAUGCAAAAUGAUGAGGUUGAACCAGUUGUGUAUGAUUUUACUUAUCUUUUGCAGUUGUGUGGUGAGAAUUUUGAUUUGAAAAAGGGUAUGGAGGUUCAUGGGAUGUUGAUAAAAAAUGGGUUUGAGUCGAAUUUGUUUGCGAUGACGUCUGUUGUUAAUUUGUAUGCGAAAUGUAGGAAGAUUGAUGAUGCGUAUAAGAUGUUUGUUAGAAUGCCGGAGAGGGAUUUGGUUUGUUGGAAUACGGUUGUUGCGGGGUAUGCUCAAAAUGGGUUUGCUAGGAAGGCUUUGAAGUUGGUUUUGGAUAUGCAGGAGGAUGGGAAGAAGGCGGAUUCGAUUACUUUGGUUAGUGUUUUACCGGCUGUGGCGGAUGUUAAAGGUUUGAGAAUUGGUAGGUCGGUUCAUGGUUAUGCUGUUAGAUUGGGAUUUGAUUCUAUGGUUAAUGUUUCGACUGCGCUUUUGGAUAUGUAUUUUAAGUGCGGUGAGGUAGAGACUGGGAGGUUGGUUUUUCAAAGGAUGAGCAGCAAGAAUGUUGUUUCGUGGAAUACUGUGAUUGAUGGUCUUGCGCAGAAUGGCGAAUCUGAAGAAGCGUUUGCAACGUUUCUGAAGAUGUUCGAGGAAAAGGUGGAGCCUACAAAUGUUAGUAUGAUGGGUGCUUUACAUGCUUGCUCUAAUUUAGGUGAUCUUGAACGAGGGAAAUUUGUUCAUAGAUUAUUGGAUCAGAUGAAACUUAGUUCUAAUGUGUCAGUAAUGAAUUCUUUGAUUUCCAUGUAUUCAAAGUGUAAAAGAGUUGAUAUUGCAGCUUCGGUAUUUGAUAAUUUAGAAGGGAAAACAAACGUCACAUGGAAUGCCAUGAUAUUGGGUUAUGCACAGAAUGGUUGUGUAAAUGAAGCUUUGAAUCUGUUCUGUACUAUGCAAUCUCAAGGUAUUAAACCCGAUUCCUUUACAUUUGUGAGUGUGAUCACUGCUCUAGCAGAUUUAUCGGUUACCCGUCAGGCUAAGUGGAUUCACGGACUUGCAAUACGAACAAAUAUGGACACGAAUGUCUUUGUUGCUACUGCUCUCGUUGACAUGUACGCGAAAUGUGGAGCCAUCGAAACUGCAAGAGAGCUUUUCGACAUGAUGCAAGAGCGACAUGUGAUAACGUGGAAUGCAAUGAUCGAUGGAUAUGGAACACAUGGCCUUGGAAAAGCAGCUCUAGAUCUCUUUGAUGAUAUGCAGAACGAAGCCUCUCUUAAACCAAAUGAUAUAACAUUUCUGUCUGUUAUUUCUGCUUGUAGUCACUCAGGUUUUGUGGAAGAGGGUCUCUACUACUUCAAAAUCAUGAAGGAAGGUUAUGGCUUGGAGCCUUCAAUGGAUCACUAUGGUGCCAUGGUUGAUCUUCUCGGUCGUGCCGGCAAGCUAGAUGAUGCUUGGAAGUUUAUUCACGAGAUGCCCAUCAAACCGGGGAUUACCGUUUUAGGUGCAAUGCUCGGUGCUUGUAAAAUUCACAAAAACAUCGAAUUGGGUGAAAAAGCUGCAGACAGAUUGUUCGAGUUGGAUCCAGAUGAGGGUGGAUAUUAUAUGCUGGUUGCAAACAUGUAUGCCUCUGCUUCAAUGUGGGACAAAGUGGCGAAAGUGAGAACAGCCAUGGAGAAGAAGGGUCUCCACAAAACUCCAGGCUGCAGUUUGGUUGAAUGGAGAAAUGAAGUUCACGCAUUCUACUCAGGAAGUACAAAUCAUCCUCAGUCGAAAAGAAUCUACGCUUUUCUCGAGACUCUUGGAGAUGAGAUCAGGGCUGCUGGUUAUGUGCCUGACAAUGAUUCAAUUCACGACGUAGAAGAAUACGUGAAGGAACAAUUGGUCAGUAGCCAUAGUGAGAGGCUCGCCAUUGCAUUUGGACUUCUGAAUACAAGACCUGGUACGACAAUACAUGUAAGGAAGAACCUAAGAGUUUGUGGUGAUUGUCAUGAGGCUACCAAGUACAUUUCGCUUGUGACAGGGAGGGAAAUUAUUGUGCGUGAUUUACAACGGUUCCAUCAUUUUAAGAAUGGAAGAUGUUCUUGUGGGGAUUACUGGUAAAAUGAUACAUGCUGCUGUUACUAUCGUUGCAUCUGGAUUCAUCCUAUGAUAAUGUAUCAUUUUUGUGUUCUAUUGAAUCAGUUGUUUGUAACUAUAA